CUGCAUCCACUCCAAUCGUAGAACAACAAAGUGAAAAAGAAGCGAUAGCCCUAACCCUAAUCAUCUACUCUCGGUUUAUCGGCUAAGAUCGUUUUAUCGAUCGGGGACGCACACAAUAUUUCUACCUUAACCUUGUCAACAGAAGUCAGAAAUUUGAUUCUGAAGCUUAUCUACGAGAUUCAGCCAUGGAUGUUGAUCACUAUAGUGUCUUGGGCUUGCCAUCAGGAGAGGAAGGGGCCAAACUGACUGAAAAAGAGAUCUCCAAAGCUUACAAGCAAAAAGCUCUUGAACUCCAUCCAGACAAGCGCCCUGAUGAUCCGAAUGCUCAUGAGAACUUUCAAAAGCUCAAGUCGUCUUAUGAGAUUUUGAAAGAUGAGAAGGCCCGGAAACUUUUUGAUGAUCUUCUCCGUGUAAAGCGUGAGCAGCAACGGUUCAAGCGCGAGCAGCAACUCCGCCAUGAACAACAAGAUGCUAAACGCCGGAAAAUGACGUCUGAUCUUGAAGAAAGAGAGCGUGCUGCUUUUGCUCCAGACCCUACUGCUAAGGCUCGUGAGGAAGAGGAAAGAAUAUCAAGGAAGUUGAAGGAAGAGAUAGCGAGAAUACGUGCAAUGCACAUGAACAAAGGAGCAAGUGCAGAUUCUGGUUUGAAGAAGGACAAGGGAGGAACAGAGAGAAAUGUGGGAGGUGGUGUUGGGUUGGCAGAUAAAGAAAAGAUGUUGAAGGUUUCAUGGGAGAAGGGUGGAGAGGAUUAUACGUCAGAGAGAUUAAGGGAAUUGUUUUCAAGAUUUGGGAAGGUUGAGGAUGUUGUCAUAAAGAACUCCAAGAAGAGGGGAUCUGCACUUGUUGUGAUGGGUUCUAAGGAGGCAGCUGUCGCUGCUACAGGGAGUUUAAGUGGGAGCCUUUCAAAUCCACUGCUGGUCGUGCCUCUUCAACCGAUAGUAGCAGCAGAGUUUUCCAGUGCUGAAAAAGCUGAGGAAGAUAAUCCUGUGAAUAAGUUGGUUGGGGCUGGUUAUCAGGCAUAUGAAGAUGCUGUUUUGAAGAAACUCCAAAUGGCUGCAAAGAAACAGAAGUGAUAACAAAAGCACUGCAGAGAAAGUGUUGCUUACGACACCAUCUAGCUUUUGAUCUUCAUAUUUCUUAUACAAAGGUUCUUUAAGGAGAAACCAUGGCUUCUAUUGUAAUUUUAUAUUUCUUAUUAUUUUUUAGUAGGGGAAUUUAACAUUGUUGUGUUCCAGAAAAUUAGAAAUAUAUAUGGCAGUUACAUCCACAGUUAGUGACCAUGUCAGGAUUUCAUUUACCAUUCAAAAGUUAGUUUAGAUAUCAGAGCAGCGGGAUAUCAAGUUUAAAUGUCAUAAAACUCAGUUUAUGCUAACAAAAAACAUCAGAUGUUUAAAGUUUACGGCAUUUUCUCCACAAAUCCAGUGGGCUUUACAAACUGCUUUGUCUAUAACUCUCCCUCAGAAUCCUCAGCAGGUGGAUUGACAUCCUCAACUUCUGGAGUAACACAAGGCAACUCUUGUAAUAAGCUUUGCUGUUCAGAUGGGUCCUUCAGCCGUUGUAAUUCACAUAAGCAUUUAUGUAAUGUUUCAAAUCAAUGAAGGUUAAGGUCCACU